AAACAACAAAUCUUCAUCUUCCAAAAAAACCAUAUCUUCUAUGGCUACAAUCUCUCUCUCUCGAGCGAUGCACUACACUUGAUCAUUCAUGGCGCUAAAUUAAUCCACUAAUCGAAUCACUCUCCCUCUCCACCAAUCGCAGGCACACUCUCCCAUCGAUCAAGUAUGCAAAGCCCUUCAACGGCUACCCAGGAAUCAGCAGCCUCCUCCUCCUUUGGUUUCUUCACACGUCUCACCUGUUUAGCCUCCAGAAACCGAUCUCCGCGCUCGAAUCCAGAUGGGUAUACUCUCUCCACAUCCAAUGCCUUGUUCUUCAAUGGCUCUCUGACGACUCUACCCGCACGGAGGAGGACUCGAACAGCCCUAGCUUCCAUGAGCUUGAACGCUAAGAGCAGUGCCGGCUCUAGCCUGAGUAGAUUCAUCGACGAAUUCAAUAGCUUUAUUAGGUUUCACUGCGAGAAAGUGGUUCCUGACAGCUUCGCCUCCAUCGGGGUAUCGAGCCACGAGAGCGGAGCUAGGGGGAAUGAUAGUGGUGGAGUUUUGGGUGAGGAGGGCUUGCAAUUGAAUGGAGUAGAAGCUGAUCGGCCCAAGAAAGUUUUGAUUUUGAUGAGUGAUACUGGUGGUGGUCACAGAGCCUCUGCUGAAGCCAUUAGAGCUGCUUUCAAUCAGGAGUACGGAGAUGAGUACCAGGUGUUUAUUACGGACUUGUGGACAGAUCACACGCCCUGGCCAUUCAACCAGCUUCCCAGGAGUUAUAAUUUUCUGGUGAAACAUGGAGCUCUAUGGAAAAUGACUUACUAUGGUACAGCUCCACGCGUUAUUCACCAAUCUAACUUCGCAGCAACUUCGACUUUUAUUGCCAGGGAAAUUGCCCAAGGAUUGAUGAAGUAUCAACCUGAUAUUAUAAUCAGUGUUCAUCCAUUGAUGCAACAUGUCCCACUUCGUGUCCUAAGAUCAAAGGGGUUACUUGAUAAAAUAGUCUUCACCACGGUUAUUACAGACUUGAGCACUUGCCAUCCCACGUGGUUUCACAAGCUUGUGACAAGAUGUUACUGCCCAUCAACAGAAGUGGCGAAACGGGCGCAGAAAGCUGGACUUCAGACAUCACAAAUCAAAGUUUACGGCCUUCCUGUUCGACCUUCCUUUGUCAAACCAGUUCGCCCAAAGGUUGAAUUGAGAAGAGAGCUAGGGAUGGAUGAGAAUCUUCCAGCUGUUUUGUUAAUGGGCGGAGGAGAAGGAAUGGGUCCCAUAGAGGCAACAGCAAGAGCUCUUGGAGAUGCUCUGUAUGACGAGAAUCUUGGUGAAGCAGUUGGCCAGGUUCUUAUAAUAUGUGGACGGAACAAGAAACUCCAAACCAGAUUAAGUUCCAUAGAUUGGAAAAUACCAGUCCAGGUUAAAGGGUUUGUAACAAAAAUGGAGGAAUGUAUGGGUGCCUGUAACUGUAUCAUAACAAAGGCAGGUCCAGGAACCAUAGCUGAAGCUAUGAUAAGAGGGCUACCAAUAAUCUUAAACGGGUACAUCGCUGGUCAAGAGGCUGGGAAUGUGCCUUAUGUGGUGGAGAACGGAUGUGGGAAAUUCUCGAAAUCACCAAAAGAGAUAUCGAAGAUUGUAGCGGAUUGGUUUGGACCAGGGUCGAAACAGUUGGAGAUAAUGUCACAGAAUGCAUUGAAGCUAGCUAGACCAGAAGCUGUGUUCAAGAUAGUGCAAGACAUGCACGAGCUUGUCCGGCAGAGAAACUAUCUUGCUCAGCUCUCUUGCACUGCCUAAGGAGUAUAUGUUGUUGUAGUAACUUGUAAUUCAUUGAAUCAAAGCCUACUUUUAUUUUGGUAUAGACAAAGAGUGUAGCAUUAUCACAGUAACCUUUUGUUGUUGUUGUUGUUGCCCUUAUUGCGAAUGCUUAAGGCUGAUUAAUCUCUUUUGAAUAAUAAUGAUAAAUAUAAUUAA